AUGGGCAGCACGGCAGGGACAGAGUUCCUGGGCUCAAUACAAAAUGUGUUUGAGGAGGCUCAGGGACAGGGCUUCAGUUCGGUAACGGAAUUCCGCAAGGUGACAGGCAGCAUACUCAAGUUUCUUAGGGCGUGCAGAAAGAUGACGGGUGCCAGAGCCCGUGCCAGCUGUCCGAUCUGCUUGCCAGAUGGUCUCAAUGUCAGAACGCACGUGGCAUUGCCUCCGACAGCCCUGAAGCUCAACAGAGAAACGACCAGGAGACUGCGAGAGGCACACUCCUCUAAUGAGUUUUGCGGUAUUUUGCUCUCACAAGUACACGAACAACUGCAUGCCAAACGAUCAGACUUGGGCAAGGGAGGAGGGAACAUGACAACGUCUGCCGGUUCUCGGAGGCCAAUUUCGAAAAAGAAGAGAGCAUCGAAGCGUUCACCUGAGCCAACACCGAAUCCGCCGUCGGCAAAGAAGGCACGCCGACGUCACAAAACAGUUCAGACACCGCCAGGAUCUGGAAAUCAUGACCACAAGGCCGGGGCGAGCCGCACGGCGGGUGACGGCGAUGGAGUUGCUGUAUCAAUGACGCCGGUAUCUGCGAUUGGCUCCAAACAGGGACCAGGGGCCGUUGUUACCAAGACGCAAACGGGUGAGAAGACGGGAAGGGCUAUGCAUCGACAGCUCACGAAGUCGCCGACAAAAGCACCACGCCCAGCGAAAUCGUCCGCUAGCCCAGAAAACGCAGAAAUGGUUGCUGCAAGGAACUACGGCCCUUUGACACCAGUCAAGCGGCUCAGAAUUGUCCUUCCGAAGAGAAAGAGGGAGCCUGAGCAACAACAGGUUAUCCAGCAGCAGCAGCAGAAACAGGCAGCUCCAUCUACAAUCACUUCACAAGACGAUGGCCCGUAUUCCGAUAGCUCGAGUGACGAAAGGGACUCAAUGUCAGAUAUAUCUGAAAUAUCGGACUGCAUGAUCCCAAUGGACUUGGACCCUUCCGAAGACGUGGCCCGGGAGAAGACAAAGGAGAGAGGCCUUCAAAUGGCACAAAAGGACCAGAGCACACAACAAACACGCCAGGAGCCCGUCCAGUCGGCGGCGGCGACUCAGUUUUUGAGAAUGGUGCCGCAUCUACGCGACGGCAUCUCGUCCGUCACGCCGACAAAUUGGAGCAGAUGUACUCGCAGGAUUCAGAGGCUUUUGCGCAUUGCAGAGCUCUGCUCGGUCAUUGCCGAGACUCUGGGCCCGGAGGACGAGGUCGUGGACUACGAGACGCGCAAUCGCUGGAUCAAGGAGAAGAACGAGGACAUCAACAGCCUGAAGAUGCUGUUCGAGGGUAUAGACUUUAGUGCCUAG